AUGUCGACAACCAACAAUGGAAAUAAUCUGGGCCAAACAUACCGAAAGUACAUUCACACGAAGUCUCAAGAUACAGCAAUCUCUGUAUCAAUAACCAUUAAUAACAUGGAGUCCACCUUCCUCAAGCUCUCCCCCGAUGUAACGCUCCACGCGCGUAUCUCUCGACCUCCCAUCAUCAACCAAAAACCACUUCUGAUUUUCCUCCACUACUGGGGCGGAUCCUCUUCAACGUGGUACAAGCUCACGUCGCCCGAUUCACAGACCUCCUUAGGUACUACCUAUCCGAUCCUUGCUGUCGACCUUCGGGGCUGGGGCAAGUCAGCGGGUCCGACUGAGGAAACUGGGACAGCAUAUUCAAUUACGGCAAUGGCUUCCGACGUUGUUAUCGCAUUACAGCAGCUGAAACAAGAUGAUAGCACGAAGGACCUUUUCAACCACGGGUUUAUACUCGUCGGGCACUCUAUGGGAGCGAAGGUAGCCCUGGCCACGCUAUCUACCCUACAGGAGAGUCUACUUCGAAAGUUGAGGGGAUUGGUUCUAGUAGCCCCAGCGCCGCCGACAACACUCCGACUGCCGCCGGACAUGAAGGAACAACAAAAGGCUGCCUAUGAGACAAAGGAAUCUGUGAGAUGGACGGUGGAGAACGUACUCGCGAACCCUAAGAGCUUAAGUGAAGACGACAUUCAGUUGGUGAUUGAUGACAGCCUGAGUGCGAAUAAACUUGCCAAAGAAGCUUGGCCUACGUAUGGGAUGGCGGAGGAUGUUUCUGAACGUGUGAGGGGGUCUUUGGCUUACAUUAGCCAUGCUGGUGUUCGGGUUAGUGUACUUGUUGGGGGAUUGGAUAUUGUCGAGCCAAGAGAGCGAGUUGAGGCCGAGGUCUGCCGAUUUCUGGAAGAGAAUGGUGUCAAGACCUCAUUGAGGGUUGUUGAGAAUGUGGGGCAUUUGAUUCCAUUGGAGUGCCCCGAGGUGAUCUGUAAAGAGAUUUCUUUAUAUUGA